AUGGACAGAAGCGGGGGGGCAACCAUAGAUAAGGACACCACUAGUGCUUGGGCUGGAUAUGUCAAAUCAAAUCCAAAUGCCAGACAAUUCAAGAACAAAGGAUUCGAACAUUUCGAGAUCUUUGACUUGCUGACAGCCGGCAUAAAAGACAAAGGAAUUCACAUCCGUUGCCGUCAGAAAAAAAAUCGCACCGGCUCUACCGCAUCUACUACCAGCAUGCCCCCACCUUCCAUGAUACCUUCCACUAGCACUCAUCCUCCUGCAGAACUCCACCUCUGUGAGCUAUCUAUAGCCACCGAUGAGAUUUCUGCAGACAUGGGCUGUCUUCCUGCAUCAUCUACUUCCACAUAUCCUCCCACCAUGUCAUCAUGCAUUCCUUCGACAAGCCCACCCUCAGCGUUGACAACGCUCUCGCCCAUUGACAAGUCCACACUCAGCAUUAACAAGUGCAAGGCCAGUGCACUGGGUUCUGAUGGCAAUGCUCCAUUGGGAAAGCGCUCUCGCCCACCAUCUGCAACUGCCAGAGCUCAGCUGGAGGGUAGUGCAGCAAUGACAUCGCUUGUUACUGCAAUGGAGGCUGUGAGCAAGCAUCUUAGUGUACCCCCAGUUCUUGCGGCCCCUGUUGCACCUGCUUCUGACUUUGUAUGUGCCAUUGAAGUCAUCAGUGAUGCCACAUACAUGUCUGAUGAUGACAAGUUGGACAUGACACAGUUGUUUGUGAGGGACAAAGAUCAGGCCACGGUGUUUUUAUACUUGAAGGGCGACAAUCUGAGGGCCAAUUGGGUGAAGAGGAGGCUCGGUGAAACUCGUGCCAUGCACAUCGAUACUGUUGAUUAA